CCACUUCUCUCCACUCCCUUUAUUCAUUCUCUCUCUCUCUCUCUCUCUCUCUACCGUAUUGGGCACACAGAUUCUAAUUUCUAAGCCGGGAGGAAGAGAGAAAGCAGUGUGCGUUGUGGAAUACGAGACAAAAGAGAGAUGGGUCGGAACACUAUACUGACUCUUGCCUUCGUCUACAUUGCCGUGGUUGGUGUUAGCGGCCAAUCUCCGGCCGCAGCACCCACCACCUCUCCCGGAACUUCUACUUCGGCCACACCUGCUGCUUCCCCAACUGCCAAGGCCGCUGCUCCAACCACUACUAAAACCCCUGCUCCUGUCACACCUCCCACUUCCUCACCCCCGACUGUCGCUUCUUCUCCGCCAGUUUCAGCUCCUAAGGCUGCUCCGCCAACCCCAACUGUUCCCGCUCCGGUCGCAACUCCACCUGCGGCUGCUACUCCACCACCGGCUGUAGCUCCAGUUACCGCUCCGGUGCCGGUAAGCUCUCCACCAUCGCCUCCACCUGUUGCAUUGUCUCCUCCGGUGCCUGCGCCGACCACUCCGCCAGUGGCUUCUCCUCCGGCACCGGUGGCUUCCCCGCCUGCAGAGGUCCCAGCCACGCCCGUGGAGGUUCCAGCACCGGCCCCGAGCAAGAAGAAGACUAAGACUAAGAAGCACACUGCCCCAGCCCCGUCGCCCAAGGCACUGAGCCCCCCUGCUCCACCAGCAGAGGCUCCAAGUCAGGAUGCUUCCUCGCCGGGACCAUCUGAGGCCGCUGACCUGAGCGGAGUUGGAAAGAUCUGGAGCGUUCAGAAGAUGGCUGGAAGCUUGAUCCUUGGAUGGGGUGUCCUCCUCUGUUUGUUUCUUUAAUAGUUAGAGAGAGAGAGAGAGAGCAUUUGAUUUACUGGUCCUCAUCUGCAGUUCAUUGUCUCUUGGUGGUGGUUCUUCACUUCUUGGUUUAUUUUUCAUAUUUUUGUAUUAUUAUUUUUGGGAAGACCUCUGUACUAUUUACUUUUGGAUUGAUUGAUUGAUUAAAUUUAGUGGGGGCACUGGCCGUGUUCGCGCACACAUGA